AUGAACAGUGAUAAUCUUUCAUUACAAUAUAAUACUGUUGGAACGUAUCAACUUAUUAAAUUACAAGUUACACCAACUGUGAUGCUUAUUAGCUGGUUAUUUUUUAAAGCACAUUAUCCGAUACCAAUAGUUCUUUCUUUUAUACCAGUUCUCGUUGGAACAUUAAUAAGUACUUAUUAUGAUUUACAAUUUAAUAUGUUUGGUCUUUUCUGUGCCCUUACAUCUGUAUCAUUUACUGCUAUUUAUCAAAUACUUGUUGAACAUUAUCAGAAAGUAUAUAAUUGUGAUGCAUUACAAUUAUUAUUUUAUCAAGCACCACUUUCUGGUUUAUUACUUUUAUUUGUUGUACCAUUUUUUGAACCUUUAAGUAGUUUGGAAAAGUUUAUAAAUUAUGAUAUAAUUAUGCUCAUAUUAGUUUGUGGUAUUAUUGCUUUUUUUGUUAAUAUUAGUAUUUUUUGGGUUAUUGGUAAUUUAUCUGCUGUUGCUUAUAAUAUGAUUGGACAUUCAAAAACUUUAUUAAUUAUAUUUGUUGGUUCAACUUUAUUUCAUGAAUCACUUAAUCAACAGCAAAUGUUUGGAUUAGGCUUUACAAUGAUUGGUGUUUUUAUUUAUUCUUAUUUUAAAUAUAUUAGAAAAAUUACGAAAUAA